AAUGAUCAAACAAGUGCGAUACGGAUUUCGUCUCCAAGCAGUAGUCCUCCAUUGUUCCCGCUGUUAAGUAGGUCGUGGUGACCUACUUUAACACUCACAUAUUGAAGGUAAGUUUGAAACGCAUAUACAGUCGCCAGUGUAUGUGACGGAUGCAUGGCGAGUUUUCUGUCAAACGAUAGGGUCCUGUUCUUCGUUGUAUAGUUGCUAUAUACGCUACAUAUCUCCAGGCGUUCAACAUCAUUGGGUUUAUCAAUAUAAGCCCUGCGUUUCUGCGAGAGUUCCACCUUCGCCACGGUAGUAAGGUUCAAGAAACUUCACUAUGAUACUGGACAUUCUUUCUGCAAACCUCACGACGGUGCUCAUCUUCGUUAUAGCUUUCCUGCUCGUCUGGCGAACUCUCCGUCGCCCGGCCGGGAAUCUGCCCCCGGGCCCCUGGCCCCUACCGAUCUUUGGCAAUCUCCUGUCUCUGGGUGGGGCGGACUCGCGGAAAAGUCUGGAAGCCCUCCGAGAGAAGUACGGAGAUGUGUACACACUGUACAUUGGUAAACACCCCAGCGUGUACGUCCACGGCUACGAGAACGUGAAGGAAGUCCUUGUAACAAGGGGAGACGACUUUGUUGACCGGCCCCAGUCAUUGAAACUGGUGCAGGAGGCGGAGGGAAAAGGUAUUUUGUUCACGUCCGGUAAAGUAUGGCAAGAACAGAGAAGAUUCUCGAUUCAGGCGCUAAAAGAUUUUGGCUUUGGGAAACACGACCUCCAGGUGAAGAUCCAGGAGGAAGUAGAGGUUUUGGUGAAUCGCAUCAGUGACCUUCAAGGUCAACCAUUUGACCUUCACGACCUCAUCCACAUCUCGGUCUCCAACGUCAUCUGCUCUGUUGUGUUCGGUACCCGAUUCGAGCAUGACGACAACGAGUUUAAAACCUACGUGGACAUGUUGGACGAGAAUUUCAGGUUGACGGAGACAGCCAUCUUGGGUUUACUGAUUCCGUUUUCUUACUUACUCCCCGGAGAUCUGUUCCACAUGAAGAGGCUAGAAGAAAACAAGCAUAUACUGAAAAGUUUUAUCACCAACUUGAUCCAGGCUCACAAGGAAUCCUUUGAUCCCAACAAUCGAAGAGAUUUCAUCGAUGCGUAUAUGAGGGAAGCGAGAGAACGACAACAACACGAUCCUGAGACAACGUUAUCUGAGGACCAGCUCGGUGCUGUGAUAAGUGACUUGUUUGCGGCCGGAACUGAAUCCACUUCGACAGUUAUCCGCUGGGCGGCACUUCUGAUGCUGAAAUACCCGGAUGUCCAAGGUCGUGUGAGACGGGAGAUAGACUCUGUGGUGGGCGGUCGUCUGCCUUCUUUGGCCGAUCGACAGCAUUUACCUUUCACCGAAGCCACAAUGAUGGAGGUGUUGAGGUAUACAGAUAUAGCCAUGGCGGGCCAUGCGACUGUCCGAGACUUAACCUUCCAUGGGUACAACAUUCCUAAGGGAACAACCGUGAUGCCGUGUUUUCAUUGCGCUCUUCACGAUAGGAACUACUGGAAACACCCUGAUAUUUUCAACCCUGACAGAUUUUUGGACGAUUGGGGACAUUUUCGGAAACCUGAAUCUUUUAUCCCGUUUUCAGCAGGCCGGCGGGUAUGCUUGGGAGAGUCGUUAGCCAGGAUGGAAUUGUAUCUUUUCUUUUCCGCCAUCUUGCAGCGUUUUGAACUUCGGCUACCAGAUGGCGCUGGUGAACCGGAUUUGACGCCUGUCAUUGGCAUAACUAGAAUGCCCAAACGCUUCGAAAUGAUUGCAAAGUUACGCCAUUAAUCUGUCUAUAACUUUUUUUCGAAAUCGGCCAUUUAUCACAAUCUUGUUAUCUUCCUUAUGAUACUGUUUUUACAUUAAAAUCCUUAUGUUGAUUUCCUGUCGGCAGAUUUUGCAAAUUAUAAUGACUUUAAACUAGACAUGACAUUAAACCUUUUGUAACUGUGGGAAUGUACGUAGAACUGCUUGUAGGUAAUGAGAAACUACUUAUUGCUUUUUGUGUAAACUUAUUACUGUAAGAAUAAGAUCGAAAUAUUGACGAGUUAUUUGUUUGGGUUGAAUACUUGCUGAGACCUUUGUGUAGUGUAAAGUGUAGGACCAUAUUGUACUGUCGAGUUCCGUAUGUAUUUCUGUAAAGAUUUAAGCUCUUCUAAUAUAGUUUAGGAAAAAUUCAUGUUGAAUUAAAUACAAAUUUUCAAAAUA